UUGUGCAAGCAACAUGCUAUACUUUAGUCUACUAAUUUUAAUUAUAAAUUUAGCUUUUACUUAUAGCAAUACUGAGUAUCCAAGUGUUAAAACACCUUUAGGAAAAAUUAGAGGAUAUUACAAGAUUUCUGAAAAUGGCAAUCUAUAUGAAGCAUACGAAGGAAUACCUUAUGCAAGACCUCCAAUAGGAAAAUUGCGAUUCAGACCACCAGAAAAAAUAUCUCCAUGGGUAGGAGAAUUACAGGCAACCAAAGUUUCUGAUGGUUGCCUUCAGUACUCUCAUUUACCUACCAAUAAAAAUGAACGAGUUGAAGGAAGUGAAGAUUGUCUUUACUUAAAUGUAUAUGUACCUAUUCAAAAAGGAAAAAAGACACCUAUACCUGUUAUUUUUUGGAUUCACGGAGGUUGUUUUCAAUAUGGAUAUGGAACAGUUUAUGGAGCUAAAUACUUGGUAGAUAAAGAUGUUAUUCUUGUUACUAUUAAUUAUCGUUUAGGACCAUUAGGUUUUUUGAGUACUGAGAAUGAAAUUGUAUCUGGUAAUAUGGGACUUAAAGAUCAAAAUAUGGCUUUGAAAUGGGUGCAUGAAAAUAUUGAAUGGUUUGGAGGAGAUCCUAAAAAAGUAACACUCACUGGAUUAAGUGCUGGAGGAGCUAGUGUACAUUAUCAUUAUUUAUCUCCAUUAAGCACUGGACUUUUUCAAAAUGGUAUAUCAUUUAGUGGUACGUCCUUAUUAUGCUGGGCUCAAACAGAAAAAUCAUUAGAAAAAGCUAAAAAGUUAGGAGCCAUUAUGGGUUGUCCAACAGAUAAUAUAAAAGAUAUGAUUGAGUGUUUGAGAAAUCGUCCAGCAAAACCAUUAGUUCAAGCAACAUCUGAGUUUAUGCCAUGGAUUUAUAAUCCUUACACGCCAUUUGGGCCAGUUGUUGAAAAAUCAAACAAAGAUUAUUUUAUUAAUCGAAGUCCUAUUGACAUUAUAACGAGUGGAGAUGUUCAAGAUCUUCCUUGGUUCACUGGUGUAGUGAGUGAAGAAGGAUUGUAUCCUGUUGCUGAAUUUGGAUUAGACAAAACACGUAUGAAAUAUUUGGAUGAUAAUUGGGAUCUAGUAGCAACUCAUUUAUUGGAUUAUAAUUAUACUUUACCAAAAAAUAAACACAAAGAAGUUGCAAAAAAAAUUAGAAAACAUUACUUUGGAUCAAAACCAAUUGAUCGAUUAAAUUUGAAAUCACUAACUUUAUUGACUGGUGAUCGAUUAUUUGUUGUGGAUGCUGAAAAAGCAGCAAGGAUGCAGGCAAAGGCUAAUGAGAGUCCAGUUUGGUUUUAUUACUACAGUUACAGAGCUGCUCAAAGUUUAAGUGAUACAAUGAGUGGUACAAAAGAAAAUAUAGGUGUCUGUCAUGCUGACGAUACUUAUUUAGUAAUAGAACAACCAUUUAUUAAUCCAAGGACAACAGAAGAAGAUAAGGCAAUGCAAAAAGAUUUAUUAAACUUUUGGACUUCCAUUGCUUAUAAUGGUAAACCUGACUUUGGAAUAGAAUGGCCUCAAGUAAAUCCAACUAAAAAAGAACUCAAUUAUUUACAUAUUUCUGGACCAGGAAAGUUUUCUAUAGAAUAUAAUGAUAAUUUAGGCGAAAAAAAGCUGUGGAGCUCUAUUAAUUUUGAUGAAAACAAUGUUAAACGAGGUUUGAAAGAUGCAAAAGAAGAGCUUUAAGAGUUGAUAAAAAUAAAGUUAUCAAAUGUAGUUAAAUAUGAAAGUUAAAAACUGUAGUGUGACUGAAGAUAAUUGUUUAUUGUUAAAAAAACAAAAGAAAUAAAAUAGGAAGUUGGAUAUUAAAUACCUCAUCAUUCAACACAAUAGCACAAUCAUCAGGUUGUCUUCCAAUUAUUGUGAUUCCAGAAUAAAUGUGAUGAUGCAGGUCAUUAAUUACGAGUGAUCCAAUCUGAAUGUCACAUGAAAAUAUUAUUGUUGUUAUCAAACAAAAAAAUAUAUAAAUAUUAAAAAUAACCUAAAUAAUAAACU